UUCCUUCUUCUGGUACUUUGUGGGACGGCUGCAGGUCUGACAAGACAAUACAUUUAUGUCAAUAAAUACAUGAGCUGGUCGGAUGCUCAGAGCUACUGCAGAAAAAACUUCAAGGAUCUGGCAACAAUCACUACCGAUGAGGAAAACCAGAGAAUUAUAAACAAUGCAGGAGUCAAUUUUCAAGGCUGGAUUGGGCUGAAGAGAAGUGCAUCUGGCUCAGGCAUGUGGCAAUGGUCUGACGGAGAACCAUCCUAUUUCUUUCAGUGGAAACAGGUCACAUCCUAUAAUUUUCCCGACGCAGAUUGUGUUAAAUUUGAAGCAUCUGGCUGGAGUAGUAAUUACUGUUCCUUAAAUUACCCUUUCAUAUGUUAUAGAAACUUGAUCUUAGUAAAGAAAACUAAGACGUGGGAGGAUGCUCUACAGUAUUGCAGGAUGAACUACACUGACCUGGCAUAUGCAAGCUCUCCAAAACAACCAUACCUGGUCGAGAAGGAGACAGCUCAAACACAAACUGUCAGUGUAUGGAUGGGCCUGCGCUUCCUGGAUGGAAAGUGGUUCUGGGUGAGCAUGGAGCUUCUGGAGAUCCCGGAUUCACUGCCCUCAUGUCCAAUACAAAACUACCGCUGUGGAGCUCGCAACACCAAGACACAUGUCUGGGAGAACAGAGACUGCAAUGAGGAGCUUAAUUUCCUCUGCUACUAGGGGUGACUAAUGUUUCCAAAAUCUAUAUAAAUGUUUUAAACCUGUGACAAUAGAAACACUUUCACUGUCUUUUAAACUUAAUAUUAAACUACAAUCAAAUAGACCUAAUAGAUUUUCAUUUUCUCUCUCUGAACAGAGGUGUCCAUGUCUAGGACAGCAUCCUUCCAGAAGAAUUUGUACAAGACACAGAGCAACUUAUUCAGAGCUACUGUAGAUAUGUAGUAUGUCUGGCUUGCUUUAUUCAUAUUUAAGCAGAUUUUGUUCUUGUAAUUAAAAAAUACA